CCUCCCCUCCCGCGUACGCAGGUACGCGUCGGUCAAUCGGUCAGCGGCGUUGCUCAGGGUCUGGUGGUGCCGUACCCUGGCCUGGCGCUGGGUGCCGGGCUCGGAGCAGGCCUCGGAGCUGGAUUAGCCCAGGCGUAUUACUACGGUGCGGCGGCGGCGACUGCGGCGCCGUACGGAAUCGGACUAGACCAGGGCACGCUGAAGGAUUUGAUCAAGAAACAGAUCGAAUACUACUUCAGCCCGGACAACCUGGCGCGCGACUUCUUCCUUCGCCGCAAGAUGGCCGCCGACGGGACCAUCCCCGUGACGCUUAUAGCUUCGUUCCACCGCGUGCGGGCCCUCACCGGAGACAUGCAGCUGAUCAUAGAAGCUAUACGGGAUUCUGACAAACUGCAGCUUAUCGGCGGGUUCAAUGUACGAACCGCCUUCGAGCCGUUAAAAUGGCCCAUACUAGACAUAACGUCACCAACAAUCGAAAACGAUAAGAUUCGAGCGAUCGACGCCGAGAAGCCGAAAGCCGAAGACUCAAAAGACAAGAGCCCAGAGCCGGAAGUGAUCGAGGAGAAGCUGGUGAGGGACGCGAAGGAGAGCGAGAAGAUCGAGGCUCCGAGCAUAGAUGGGGAAGAGAAAGAGAUGGAGCAGCAUGUGGUGGAUUCAGAGACUGAUAACGGUGCUAAAAUUGAUGAAACAGAGAUUCCACCUGAAGAAAUGAAAGAGGUAAAAGAAGAAAAAACAGAGAAACAAGAGACGGAUGAUAAGAAAUCUGAUUCGAACGAAGAUCCACCGCUGCAGUCGGAGAGUGUAGAAGAGAAACCCGGAGAGAAACGGCGAAAGAAGCAAAUGGUGGGCAUUUUCCCGCUGGCCACGAUGGGGGGUCCGCUGGUCGCGCCCGUGUCGAGUUUGUUGAGGGCCGUGCCCCCGCCGCCGCUGCCCAGGAUGUUCCGCAGCACUCGCGGCGCGGGGGGCGCGGCACCGGCGGCCGGCGUGGCUGUUAGUGCAGGUUCGAGCGCCGCUGCAGCACACAACGACCAUCUCAACCCAGACGUGCCUGAGUUUGUGCCGCAGAACACUAGGAAAGAAGAGUCGAGCGAUAAAAUGGAUCAAAACGACGGCACUCCCGGCUCGGGACCUCUGAGCCCAAAUUCCGAACAAAACACUGACGUGAAACGCCGCACGAAGGCGGGGUCUCGGGAGCGUGCGCCGGCGCCGGGCGCUGUAGCCGCCGCCGAGCCGCCCGACGACGAGCCGCGCGAGGAGCUGCACUUCCAACUCGACGUCGACCUGCCGCCGCCCCGCCACAACACUUUUACUGAUGCUUGGUCCGACGAGGAAUCAGACGCGGAGUUCACCGAUCGCGAUGUGGGCCGUCUUCUGAUCGUGACGCAGACGACUGCGCGUGCGCACAAGCACGACGGACACGACCGUCAAGGUGACUGGACCACGCGCACAAAGAUCACCAAGGAUUUGGAACAGGUGAUCACCGACGGCUUAAGAAGAUACGAAGAGGACUUAUGGAAUGAUACGGAUUAUACAUCAAACGUGGGCGCGGCGUCGUCGUACCGCACGGUGUCGCUGAUCUCGCGCGAGCAGUUCGAGCAGGCCGUGCCCACCGAGCGCCACCGCAACCCGCCCGACCCGCCGCCGCCGCCGCCGCAC